AACCUAUGGAAAAGGGGAAGGGGCAGGAGCUGGGCAGGGGCCCGCGGAGGCCCCUGAGCUCCUGGAGCUGCCGCGGGUUAUGCUGUCUCCCGAUACCUCCAGCCAGGCCCUCCUAACAACACCCAAGCCCAGGUGCAGACACAGACCCACCCCUCCCAGGUUGGGCGGCGCACUGGCCCCGGCACAGGGCCACCUUAACUGGGCAGCGCUCUGGGCGGGGCACGUCACGGAUGCCAUCUGCGCGACACCAGGCGGCACCCAGGCCUGAAGCAGGACCCGGUUUGCGCAGCACACAGCUCCCAGCCUGCUGCCCGGCUCCUCGCGCUGGUCUCCGCCCAGACCAUGACCCAGGGCGUCUCGGGGGCUGACGGCCCCGGCUGGGGCUGGGACGGGGAGGGGGACGAAGACUGGGACGGCGCCGUGCUGACCCUGCUGGCGCUGGCUGUGGUGGCCGCCACGGCGCUAGCUUUGCACUGGUUUGGCUCUGGGCAGGACCAGGAGGCGGCAGGUCCAGCAUCCACAGCCCCUCGACCCUCACAGGUGGGAGGACCUGGGCCAGCCCUGCCCCCGAAAUCCAAGGUCAGUGGUGGUGUCGAGGGGCACAGCUCAGGGCAGGGGAAGCCAUGCCCUCCAGGACGUGGCCAGGGGAGCCCAGGCGCAGCAGGGGCCCAGGAUCAGGAGCCCCCGCCAGGUGAAGGUCUGGCUGCCACAGCUACACCUCCUCCACUCAAGACACCUGGUGAGGUGGCCGGCGGAGGGGCCUUGGGACAGCAGCGUGGUAAUGCCAUUCCAGAAGCCCCCCGAGGAAAAGGAAGGGAGCCUCGCAGGCCAGGUGCUGCCCUCCUGGGUCAGAGCAAAGCAGAGGGGACGUCUGCGCCCCUCCUGAUACACUUCACCCCCCGGAGUCCUGGCGGAGAAGUGGAGGUGCAGGUAGAAGCAGGAGGCGUCCAAGCCAAGGCACCAGCUCACCAGGCCCUCGUCCACAUGGUGGAACGGGACACCAGUCCCUGGCAGCAAGGUGUGGCGUCACCUGGCUCACUGGGGAGGGGCCCAGGCAGCCGCCGGUGGCAGGUGGACCGCAGCUCAGGAGAGAGAACCUGCCGCUCCCCAAGGCUGGACCCCCUGUCCCUGGGCACCGUGGUGAGUGUGUGGGAUUCUGUGGGCGCAGCCAGCAGCCUCCCCGCGGGCUCCCAGGGGCUCCCUUUCCCCCAGGAGCUGCCCCCGUCGUACGCCCUGAAGACUAGGCCCCCGAUGGAUGUCUCAGAGAGGGGGCGUGGGAAGAGCAGCCCCCAACCAGCCCCAGUCCUAGCUCUGGACUCAGGAGCCAAAGCUACUGAGAGCAGGGAGGCUGGGACCCUGGCCCCCAGGGAGUCUCAGAGGUCCCCAGCCUCCGUGGAAGGUUGGCCCUGGGUGAGGAGGGAGGUCCUUGUCACCAGGAGCUUCAGCCAGGCCCCAGGCUCCAUGGGCCUAUCACAAGAGGGGCCACAGGGGGGACACCCACUCUUGUCCCAAGGGGAGGGGACCACAGAGGCCAGCACUGCGGGUGAGGCUGGGGCUAACGGCUCUGGAGACCACCCUUUCUUCAGUUCAGGGCCUGGAGGGACAAAGGAGCAAGGGGGCCACAGUGUCAGAGAAGGGGGAGGAUCCCUGCAAGGCCAGGCGGCUGGUGGCUCUGACAGAGGGGAGCGAGCUGCAGAGGUUCGCAGCUGCGUGCCCUCCCUGAGCCCCUCCCCCACAUCCUCUCCGCGCACCCCUAAAUCCCUCCCACCCGGAGCACAUCCCCAUCCAGGUCUCUUGCCUGUAGCCCCAACUCUUCUGAACUCCUCUCUGUCAGUCUCUUUGCCCCCCAGAGUUGGCCAGGGUCCUGCUGAGGAUGAACAUCUCAAAGCAGUGCCAUCCCCUGCCCCAGGCCCAUCCCCUGUCACAGCUGCAGCCCCUGGGCCUGCUAGUGGGUCAAGGCUUGCAUCUCCGAAGCCCAGUGCAGUUCUCUGCAAGGGCAGUCAGGAGGGGCAGUUCUCAACUAGCUGGGGAAACCUUAUUUCGAUGGUUCUUAGGAGUCACCCCUUCCCCAGGCCAGAGAGGCCCCAAGGGACAGUCCCAAGGGCAGCUCUGGAGAGCCCCAGAGACCCCAGCACUGCCACACCCUCUGAGAACAGAGAGUCUGGCUCUUCCCCUGAAAAGGCCGUCCCCAGCCGUGAGGACAGGCGCGGCCCGGCUGGACCGGUCGCAGGGGCAGGCACAGGGGGCCUGGCUGAGGCCGGAGCCCCGCCGCAGCAGAGCAGCGCCGAGACCAACGAGGCCCCCACCGCAGGCCCUCCCUCAGGCCCAAGAGGGGAGAGGAUUGAGGAGAACCAUCCAGACUCGCUGCCGCCUGGAGCUGCAGAACCCAGGGCCCCCUCACGGCCACCGGAGCAGACCCAGCCUGGCUCUGCACCCUCCCCAGUUACAAGGCGGGACUCACAGCCUGUCCCCCGGCCACGGAAACGCAGCUUGUGCGAAAUAUCCCAGAGCUCUGAGGCUGAGGCCAGCCCAGCGGCCCCAGGGCAGCGCCCAGGACAGGAGCCCGGGGAGGGGCCCAGCCGUGCAGGCAGCGGGCAGGUCCUCACCAAGAAGCAGGAGGAGGCCCGAAAACUUGUGGUGUUUCUGCAGAGGCCGGCAGGCUGUGGGAGGGUGGAGGGGCCCCAGCAGCCCGAAUCCCCGGCAGCAGCGGCUCUGCAGCCAUGGCUGGACCUGGGCAGCUGCCUGGAGGCACUGGCCUUUGCCCAGCAGCACGGGGACCCCCGCCUGGCCCAGGAGACCUAUGCCUGGAUGAGUGACAAUCUGCUACACGUGCUGGGAGACCCAAGCCUCUACCGGCAGCUGAGUGGGGCUGACCGGGAGCGCAUCCUGAGCCUUCGGACCAGCCGGGGCCAGGCGGUGCUGGGGGUCCUCGUGCUGCCCAGCCUCUACCGGGUGAGCCGCUCAGGGCUCACAAGGGACCCUCGUGGGGUGGAGGCUCCCGCGGUGCGGCCCGCGCCCCCGCCUCCCCGCACGUACCUGCACGUGUUCCACCCCCGUGAGAACGCGUGGCGGCCCCUGACCCAGGUGCCCCAGGAGGCCCCGCUCCGGGGCUGCGGUCUCUGCACCCUGCACAACUACCUGUUCCUGGCGGGGGGCAUCCGUGGAUCCGGUGCCGAGGCCGUCUGCUCCAACGAGGUCUUCUGCUACAACCCUCUGACCAACAUCUGGAGCCAGGUGCGGCCCAUGCAGCAGGCGCGUGCCCAGCUCAAACUGGUGGCGCUGGACGGGCUGCUCUACGCCAUCGGGGGCGAGUGUCUGUACAGCAUGGAGCGCUACGACCCGCGCACGGACGCCUGGACCUCCCGUGCGCCCCUCCCUGCAGGCACCUUCCCCGUGGCUCACGAAGCUGUGGCCUGCCGGGGGGACAUUUAUGUUACCGGCGGCCACCUCUUCUACCGCCUGCUCAGGUACAGCCCCGCGAAGGACGCGUGGGACGAGUGCCCCUACAGUGCCAGCCACCGGCGGUCCAGCGACAUUGUGGCUCUGGGGGGCUUCCUGUACCGCUUCGACCUGCUGCGGGGCGUGGGCGCCGCGGUGAUGCGCUACAACACCGUGACCAGCUCCUGGAGCCGGGCCGCCUCGCUGCCCCUGCCCGACCCCGCCCCGCUCCGCUGCGCCGCGCUGGGCAACACCAUUUACUGCCUCAACCACCAGGUCACAGCCACCUUCACGGUCUCCGAGGGGACUGCCCAGUUCCAGGCCAAGGAGCUACAGCCUUUUCCCCCGGGGGCCAAAGGGGUCCUCUGCCCAUUCAUCCUGACGCUGCCCCCCGCGGACCCGCUGCAGACCGCCCUCUGAGUGGCUGCUGGAACCCCACGGACUUCAGCGCUACUCUCCGGGGAGACCCUGGGGCGGAGUCUGAGGGCAGGCGGGCCACAGGGAGGAGGCUGUGAUCCAGACCUUUCUGCUGUUGUUCCCGGGACGACUUUCCUUUUCUGUUCCAACAGGCCUCCUGCCUCCGCCUUCCACCCGCUCCCCUCCCCUAGGCCUCUCCCCGCGAGCCCAGGCUCCCUGCACCUGGGGGCUGGUCGCUGGGUGUGCCUAGCCCGGUGUCGUACCUCGCGCCACACCCAAGCUGCUUCCUUCCUCCAGGACUUGAUUCCCUCUCCGGUUACCCAGCGCCUCUGCUGGCUCACCCACCCUCCUCCAGACAGGGAUCCUCUCUCACAGCGCCACCCCGCUGCCCGGGAAUUACCUGCCCGUGGGACUCCCUGCGCUCCGAGAGCCUGACGUGCCCCUGGGCGCCAGGACUUGGCCCACUGAGGAGCCUGGCAACGCCUGCGCCGAGGAAGGAGAUGGCUGGGAGCACAUUCUGCUCCUAGGGUCCGUCCCUGGGGCUCCAGGCCAGGCAAGGAGCCCUCGAGGGGGUGGGAAGGGGACCAGGGAGCACACAAGCGCCCAGAAAAACAUCCUUGCCUCUGGGACUUUCUACCUGUCCUGAGGCCUCUGGGAGCCUGGCUGGCUCUCCCCUGGAACAGCUCUGAAGCCCUCUUUUGUCUGACUGACCUCAAGGGCCUAGAACCCUUGUCUGUGAAAGCGCCCUGCUGGCUCUAGCCCCUGCCCAGACCCCAGCCCAGGCCGUGCAGGACCACUCAGCUCAUACCCCUCUGCAGCCUGGUGGGGUCUCUCCUGCCGGCUCAGCCCCUCCGGAAGCCCGCCCCACUUCCCGCCAGCCGCCUUCCUAGGCGAGGCCUGGGUUUUGCCCUCGUUCUGCCCCUUAUUAGCUGUGUGGAUUGGAAGAGACAUCUAACAUUGCUUUUCUUGUCUGAAACGGGGCUGUGAGAACAUAAGGACACACCCGAGAGUGCCCAGCCUGGUGCCCCAAAUACACAACUGAAUAACUAGUGUUCCCCCUUAUUCGCUUUGGAACUCACUGUAGGAAGGUAAAUAAAUCUGACUGAAUACUGCUGCCUGUCCCACCCUCUG